AUGGAAGAGCAAGUGGUAGAGAAAGCGGCAAGACUGAGCAAGAAAGAAAAAAAAGAGCAGAAGUACCAAAGGCUGAAGGAGAAGUAUAAACAGAAAAAAACCAAAAGAACAAGAAGGAAAAGAGCGCCAGAGGACCAGGAAAUAUCGAACUACAGAGUGUGCAUUGAAGUGCUGGGCGGGCGCGAUCUGAUGUCAGAGAAAGAGAUGAGAAGUCUGUGCGAGCAGAUCAGAUAUGUCUAUGCUGCGAACAGAGUAGCGCAGAAGCCUGUGCAGCUGAUGGUAAGCAACGCAUCACUGCUCGAGGGAUACGCAAGAAAUGAUGUAGCCAACUGGACAAAUAUUGAAUUUAAAAAUGAGUCUGUUGCAGAGAUGAAAACAGAGGACAUAGUCAUUUUGUCUGCAGACUCGCCAAAUACAAUCAGCGAAAUGAAAGAAGGUACAGUAUACGUAAUAGGAGGGCUGGUGGACAGGAAUAGACACAAGGGAUAUCUUGAGAAUCUAUUCAAAGACAAGUUUACAACGGCAAAGCUGCCCAUAACGCAGAAGCUAAGCUGCUCCAAGGUGCUGAGCACUCUUCAUGUAUUUAGUAUACUGCAGACAUACACUGAGACAAAGGACUGGGACCUGUCGCUGAAGAUGCACCUCCCAGAAAGAAAGCAAGUCUCCUCUGAGGGCCAGGAAAACAGCAAAAGUGCUGAAAAAAAAGAAGAAGAGUGCGAGGGUGUUUCAAUAGAGCACGGUAACUCUGAGGAGAACAUUAAGAUAAAAGAUGGAAAAUCUGCAGACUCUGAAGAGAAACCGCAGUGCACAAGAGGCUGA